UCUAUCUACGUUUGACGUUAUUUUGUUUUCGUUUCUGUACGACGACGUAGUGAACGAAGCGACAGCGAUAAAUCAGUUAGUACGCGUAGUGUUUUGUUAUUGCGACAAUCGAAAUGGCACCGACAGCAUACAUGGUGCAGAACAGUGAAUAUGGAGAGGAGCCGAUAUCUCGUACUUACCAAUAUCGAAAAGUUAUGAAGCCGAUGUUAGAAAGAAAACGGAGAGCUAGGAUAAAUCGUUGUUUAGACGAAUUGAAGGAACUAAUGGUGACCGCUCUACAGAGUGAAGGCGAAAACGUUUCGAAACUUGAAAAAGCGGACAUCCUCGAGUUGACAGUGCGCCACUUACAUAACCUCAAACGUCAGCAUCAGUUAAUUUUACCGUCUGAACAGUCGUAUGCGGACAGGUUUCGUGCUGGUUUUACACAUUGCGCUCAAGAAGUGUCCCAAUUUUUGUCAUCACCGAAAGACUGUGUUGACCCCGCGGCUGGUAGGAAGCUGCUCCAACACCUCGGCUCUUGCAUGAGACAGUUGGAUUGCGUUUCGCAAAUGCAUUACGCGCAUCAUGUGCAAGGUUAUACACCACCGUUGUCACCUUCUUCAACGGAAGUUGCCAAUCAAAAUCAGAAGAUGUGGAGGCCGUGGUGAAGUUUAAUCAAUACCGUUUAGCGUAUCGCGCCACGUCGCUUCGCUUCGUGUGAACCAACCCUUGUGUUAACGUAAUGGAAUGAAGUUAAGUUUGCGUAAUUUUAAGAAGCCAAGAAUGAAAACAUCGUCUUACAUAUGUAUACCAUUAGAGCGUCAUAAAUCAAAAACUAAAAAAGUUGAAACUGCACAAACAACUGUACCGUAAAAACAUUGAUGAAUGUGUUAAUUAGCGUAUUGUAUUGUACGCAAAAAUCAUUUUCGUUUUAUCCAGUUAAUAACAAAAUCACCACCAUUUCUUGUUUCAUGAUCGUUUGUACUUCGGGAAAAAAAUUGCAAUGUUACAGAACUGUUGUAUAUAAGAAAUGUAUUAAAUUUUUUUAACUUUGUUGUUGUGAUGAUAGGUUACAUAAGAAUUUAGUUUCUUUUUAGUCACAGUAUGUCUUGUUUGUAAAUAUAAUUGUAGCUUUAAUACUGUGAUAAUAUUUGAUGAUGAUAAGUUAUAUAUAAUCUUUGUACCUGACAUUAGGUUUGUAAUGCUAAAAUUAUUUUUU